AUGUCUGCAACACUGCAGCGCCAACGAGACAUCAAUUCGUAUGCUGAUCCCACGAGUGUGACGACGACACACACCGACAUCCAUCUGGACAUUGAUUUCGAGCGACAAGUCGUCAGUGGCAAGACUUCCUUGACACUGUCUGUCGUCGAUGACACCGCAAUCAAACAUGUUGUGCUCGACACCGCCUAUCUCAAGAUUGGCUCCGUCCUGCUGGGGGAGAAACCUCUCGAGUGGGAGUUGCAACCAUGGAGUGAGCCGAAUGGCCGGGCGUUACACAUUAGGCUGGCGGACGAGCAACCGAACGCAUCUACUUUCACAUUAACUGUUACCUUUGAAACAGAAGCGGGAGCCACGGGCCUGCAGUGGUUCCAACCGAGCCAAACCGAUGACAAGACUCACCCCUUCAUGUUUUCUCAGUGCGAACCAGUUCACGCGCGAACCAUCUUCCCGUGUCAGGACACUCCUGCUAUUAAGACCACGUUCGACAUUACAAUUCGCUCUAUACUCCCCGUGGUAGCCAGCGGUAUCCCUCGCCAUGAUCUCCUCUUCAGCCCCGUUGCCCAGACGAAUACGCCAAAGACCUACACUUUCAACCAACCCAUACCCAUUUCGAAUUAUCUCUUCUCGGUCGCUAGUGGGAACCUCACCGGGGAGAAGAUUGGGGACAGAAGCUAUGUGUACUGCUCACCAGGCGACCUCGAGGCAUGCACAAACGAACUCAGGCCCGAUCUUGGGACCAUAAUUUCUGCAGCCGAGAAUCUCAUCCAUGAGUACCCGUGGCCUCUGUACAACCUCGUCAUAUUGCCCAAGUCCUUCCACCUCGGCGGAAUGGAAAACCCAGUGUUCAAUUUCUACAGCGCGACCGUCAUAUCGGGAGACCGAGAAAACAUCAACGUCGUCGCUCACGAGUUUGCGCACACCUACAGCGGCAACUUGGUGACGAAUGCCUCGUGGGAACACUUCUGGCUCAACGAAGGAUGGGCCGUCUACAUCGAGCGCUACAUUCUCAAACAGCUAAAGGGGCAAGAAUACAAGGAUUUCGCAGCGCUGGUGGGUUGGGAGGAUCUUGUCCAUGCCGUGGAAGCCUACGGGGGCAGUGACAGUCCCUUCACGAAACUCGUUCUUGAGUUUCAAGGAAAGCGCCCUGAUGACAUCAUGUCAGUAGUCCAGUACGAGAAAGGCUUCAUCUUCUUAUCUUACCUGGAGCAAAUUGUCGGAGAGAACAAGUGGCACAAGUUUGUUCCUCAUUACUUCAAAACCUUCUCAAAGAAAGCAGUGGAUUCCGAAGAGUUCAAGAAGUGCGUGCAAGAUUUCUUCUCCGGCGAUGAAGAAGCCAAGGCUCAACUGAAGGCUGUGGACUGGGACACGUGGCUUCACGCGCCCGGGCUGCCUCCCCGCCCCAACAUACGCUCCGUGCUCCAUGAUCAAUGCCUGGAGUUGGCCAAUCAGUGGAUUUCACUAUGUGGUGACGAGACCAAUAAGUUCUUCUCCCCGUCGUCAUCGGACGUUGAGGGAUGGACGGUGGGUCAGCAACUUGUCUUGCUCGAGACUCUUAUCUCGGCGUCUGCUCCUUUGCCUGCCCAAGCAGCUUCGCAACUCGGGGCUAUUUAUAAAUUCUCCUCUUCCACCAAUCUAGAGGUCCUCAGUCGAUACUUGCGCGUGGCUCUUAGGGCAAAAGACCCUAAAGCCGUAGAGCAGACGCAGCAUGUUCUAGGUCAAACCGGACGAAUGAAGUUUGUCAGGCCUCUGUAA